AUGGAACAAGUCGGGAAACGAAUUUUGGCCAAGGUCAUCGAUGAUGCGGCCGCAGCAGACCCCGAUAGGAAGUUUGCGAUCAUCCCGAAAGGACUUGACUUAUCCGAUGGGUUGCAGACCAUCACAAUAAAGCAGGCGUCGAACGCCACGAAUUUCUUUUGCAACUGGAUCGAGAAGACGAUUGGAUUGCCAGCGCAGAACCGCGAGACGUUGGCUUACAUGGCAGCCAACGACGUACGCUAUUGCUUCUUCCUUCUCGCAUGUCAGAAACUAGGCUAUCAGGCUUUCUUUCCGUCUAUAAGGAAUUCGGAUGAAGCCCACACCCACCUUUUGAAACUCAUUGGAGUAACCAAGUUCGUCACUAGCGCAGAGCGUCAUAGGCGUGUUCUCGAGAUCCAAAGCUUUACCCCCGGCAUCGAAGUCUUUGAGGUCCCGUCCUUGAAGGCUAUGCUCGCCGCGAGCGACUUUGGCUCUUAUCCAUUCCCAAAGUCGUUCGCCGAGGCCGAAGAUGACACGGCGUUGAUCAUCCAUAGCUCUGGAACGACUGGAAUGCCUAAACCAGUGCCUCUCACGAAUGGCUUCUUCAGUACGAUGGAUGCAAUUCCUCGGAUGGAAUGGCCUGUAGGCAGUGAGCCUGGUAUUUUCUUCCAGAACGGUCAGAAGGAUCUCGUCCUAAGCAUUACACCGUUCUUCCAUUUGAUGGGGAUGAUCGGUCUGAUCUUCACUAUCUUUCAUAAGACACCGGCUUUGAUUGGCCCGGAAAAAGCAUUAUCUGUAGCGUUUUUGACCGAGCUUAUAAAAAUAGGUAAACCUACGGCUGCACUGAUCCCUCCCUCGGUAUUAGAAGAUCUCGUUCACAACAACGCGGUUGCUUGUAUCAAAGAGAUGCGUGCUAUCUACUUUGGCGGUGCUCCGAUGGCGUCGGAAACGGGAAACCGGCUGAGCAAGUACACUAAGAUAGUGACACUCAUCGGAUCUAGCGAGGCCGGCUGGAUUCCAUCACUGGUGCCUAAAAACCCAGACGACUGGAACUACUUUGAAUGGCACCCGCAAGCCGGGAUUUUUAUGGAACCAGUAGGCGAGUGCCUAUACGAGAUGGUGUUCAAGCGCCAGGAGAACCGUAACCGGGACUUCCACGGUAUCUUCCACACCUUCCCAAAGGUAGAUAUAUACCGAACGAAAGAUCUCUUCACUUCACACCCGACGACUCCCGGUCUAUGGAAAUUCUAUGGCCGUAGAGACGACGUGAUUGUUCUGAGCAACGGCGAGAAGUUCAACCCGGUCACGAUGGAGACAAUUAUUGAAAGUCAUCCGCUGGUCUCGAGGGCUGUGGUCGUCGGCCAAGCUCGAUUCCAGGCCGCAUUGCUGAUCGAACCAAGCGGGCCCGAGAUAGAUGCUAAGGUGCUUAUUGACGAGAUCUGGCCAACUGUGCAGUCAGCUAACCAGACAAUGGCCCAACACGGCCGGGUGAUGAAGAACCACAUCGGGGUCGGUUCGAAGAAUAAGCCGUUCAAGAGAACCCCGAAGGGUUCGACGCAGCGGCAAGCUACUGUGCGAGAGUACGAGAAGGAGAUUGCUGCCAUCUACGUUGCUGGCCUAGGGGCGGAAUUGGAAGACCAUCUCCCAGAGACCCUCGAUCAGGCCACCGUUAGAGACUACAUUCGGCAAAUGAUUUCUCGCGUGCUAGAACAGUCUGAUAUUCCUGUGAAUCAGAACCUCUAUACUACUGCCGGGCUAGACUCCCUCAUGACCAUCCAGAUAUCUAGGAUGCUGCAGAAGGGCAUUCAAAUGCGCCGACCCGACGUGAAAGCAGAGCUUCUGACUCCUCAGACGAUCUAUAGCAACCCAACCGUGGAGAAGUUAUCGCAGGUCGUUUGCAAUAUCCUCGCAGGUAAGGUCUGGCAAGGGCAGACUAGCGUCAACCGAAAGGAGAAGAUUCAAGGUCUAGUGGAUAAGUACACGGCCGAUCUCCCUAUCCGCGACGAGAAUUUCCCACAGAGUACCCAUGCGCCCACUACCGUUAUUCUCACCGGAUCAACGGGCUCCCUAGGGACAUGCCUGCUCAAGAGCCUCCUAGAUACCAAGUCCGUGACGAAGAUCUAUUGCUUGAAUCGAUCCGACGCAGAACGGCGCCAGAAGGAGGGUCUCGAAGAGAAAGGUCUACAUAUCGAUGAUGAUGGAUGGAAGAAGCUGGAGUUCCUACAGGCAUCAUUUGGAGAGCCGCGUUUCGGUCUCGACGAAGCCAAAUACCAAAAGCUCCUAGAAUCCGUCGACACCAUCAUUCACAACGGCUGGAAAGUCGACUUCAACCACACGGUCGAGUCCUUUGAAGAAACGCAUAUUUGUGGCGUUCGGCGCUUCAUCGACUUCAGCCUCCAUAGCAACGCGCAUCUUCAUUUUGUGUCUUCCAUCAGUACAGUCGGGGCAUGGAGCCCGGCCAUAGGCCCGUACGUACCAGAAGUGCCGAUGGAGGACUGCGCGGUGGCUCUCGCACAGGGAUAUGGCGAAUCUAAGCAUGUAGCUGAGCGCAUCUGUCUAGAAGCUUCCCGGCGAAGCCGCGUGGCGACGACGAUCUAUCGCGUGGGACAGAUCGCAGGGCCGACGUCCCCGAGCGGACAGUGGAAUCCGCACGAAUGGUUGCCCACGAUUAUCGCUACGUCGAAGGCGCUGGGGAAAGUCCCCAAUCGGUUGGGAGCGAUUGCCGUUGAUUGGAUCCCGGUGGAUACCCUCGCCUCGAUCAUGACGGAGCUCGUCAACACACGUCAUGCCAAUCGGUCCCUCGACCUUUGCUCCGUUUUCCAUCUGACGAACCCGUCCACGGUGCCGUGGUCCUCGCUGAUCCCAGCUAUCCAGGAGAAAUACAGCGGCGUGGAACCAAUCGACCUAGCGGAGUGGAUCGGCGAGCUCGAGAAGAUCGAGAAACCGACUGUGGCGGACGUAGCGCAGAAACCGGGACUCAAGCUGCUAGACUUUUACAAGAGCCUGCUGAGCGAGAACUCGCUGGUCAUGGAGCUCGAGGUCAAGCGCACGCAAGAAGCCAGCGCCACUAUGCGAACACUCGGGCCGAUCUCCGCAGCGCUGAUGUCGAAUUGGUUGCAGCAGUGGCGGUUCUAA